CACGCAUUUCUUCCCCGAAUGAUGGUCGCAGCUUGAAACCUCGAUUAGUCGACAAUUGCCUGCAUAAUACCUGUCCAGCUUCAAAAAGUGCCGGCUUGGACAGCUUCCCAUUCGCUAUAACGAUAGUGAAGCAGGUUGACUACCAGGACAGCCAUAGCGCAAACGAUUAACGACGGCACAUUCCCAGUAAUUCUACCAACCCAUCCACCACCCAUCAUGGCACAACUCCUCCAGGAUCUCAUGUACUCAUUCGGAAACUGCCUGAACUGCUUUCCAGGCUCGCCAACGCUCAAGAUCAACAGCCGCUCGUUCAAAAUCCUACGCCUCCUAGGCGAAGGCGGCUUCAGCUAUGUAUACCUGGUGCAGGACACUUCGACCGCGGAGCUGUUCGCGCUCAAGAAGAUUCGGUGCCCGUUCGGGGCCGAGUCGGUGCAGCAGGCCAUGCGCGAGGUCGAAGCCUACAAGACGUUCGCACACACCCCGGGCAUCAUCCACAGCGUGGACUACUCUAUCGCAAGCGAGCGCAACGACCCAGACGCCAAGACUGUCUACGUGUUACUUCCUUACUAUCGCCGGGGCAAUCUGCAGGAUAUGAUCAAUGCGAACCUCGUCAACCACACAAAAUUUCCAGAGAGGAAGCUCAUGCUGCUGUUCCUCGGCGUGUGUCGCGCGCUAAUGGCUAUGCAUCAAUACCAGGCGCCGGCCGGCGGGGAACGCAUGGAGAUGGGCAACGCGAAGGCGGGCGAGGAGGAUGUAGGAGUGCCCAAGAGCAAGAAUCGGAGGAAUAAAGCCGUUGCAGCUGCCGAUGCAGACGACGAGACGGAACAGGCGAGGCCACUGAUGAUCGAGGAGCAAGUUGCGGCGCCGGGAGAGCGAAGGUCGUACACGCAUCGAGAUAUCAAACCAGGCAACAUCAUGAUCGACGACGACGGCUCCCAACCCAUCUUAAUGGACCUAGGUUCCAUCGCUAUCUCCCCAAUACCCAUCACAUCCCGAUCCCAGGCCAUCGCAAUGCAAGACAAAGCUGCCGAGCACAGCACGAUGCCUUACCGGGCGCCCGAGCUAUUCGAAGUAAAUACAGGCACCGUAAUCGACACAAAAGUAGACAUAUGGUCCAUGGGCUGCACAUUAUACGCAUGUCUGGUGGGCAAGUCACCCUUCGAAAUGCGCAGCGACGAGACGGGCGGCAGUCUAAGCAUGUGCGUGCUCGGUGGAGACUGGCGCUUCCCCGACGAAGGCCGCCAGAAGAAGGGCAAGGAUUCCGCUGUGCCGACGACGCCCGAAGAGGGUGCCAUCAGCGAGCCGAUACGCGAGGUUGUGAGGAAGUGUCUAACGGUCGAGCCCAACGAACGACCGGAUAUCGAGGAGUUAAUACGCAUGGUGGAGGAUGUGGUGGAGGGUUUGCCGGAAGAUGCCAGUGUAUAGGUGGGGCGUGCGUAGGAAACUGUGAAUUGGUACUCUGCAUAUCAAUACUACGUGCCACAUGUUGCUUGCUCGACUAGGCCCGGCCAC